AAAAAUGUUUGAGGAUUAGGGAAUAUAGGAAAAUUAACCAUAAAAACAUAAAAGAGUUAAGAUGAUCAAAAAAUAGAAUAGGGGCUUAUAUGCAUAGAGAGAGAUGAAUGAUCAUAAUUAAUUAUUAUCAUAUAUAUGUGAGAGGUUUAGCUUAAGCAUCGCAUAAGAAUAAGGAAUAGAGAUUAUUGUUAAUACAUAAACCACACAAAUUAAGUAUUGUUGUCACCCUAAGUUUAGGCAUAUAUCUAUAUAAUUCAUUCAUAUAUAUAUAUACACCUCAACUACUCCUACUAUAUAUGCAACCCCACUUUUGCAUUGAUCUUCUCCAAUUGAGCGCCGGGGGCUUUAGUUGCCCACAUCAACCCCUCUACACAAUAUCCAAAUAUAUCUAUAUAUCAAUAAUCAUAAUUGAUUAAUCAUAAAAAUGGGUAAGGCCAAAGUGACGGUGGCAGGAAUCUCCAUCAUUCUUGUGGUGGGGGUUGUGGUAGCUCUUAUAGCCGGCGUUACCCACAAAGGUGGCGGCGCGAGCGGUGACGGAAAUGGUGAUGAUGACCUUUCUUUUUCGUCGAAAGCUGUGGCUGCAAUUUGCAGGCCGACAGACUAUAAGAAAUUGUGUGUUGAGAGCCUUGGCGAGGCUGCAAAUAAUGAGACAGCCUCGCCGAAGGAUCUCUUCAAAGCGGUUUUGAAUUCUACCAUUCAACGAGUUUUAGUCGCUGUAGAUAAGUCAUCAGUGUUGUCCCAAAACACCACCUCGGCCCCACAUAAAAUGUCCCUUGAGGAUUGCAAGGACUUGUUGGAUUUCGCGGUGGAUGAACUCCAAGCCUCGUUUUCAACGGUGGGCGAUUCUGAUUUGCACACCGUUAAGGAUAGAGAAGCCGAGCUCAUGAAUUGGUUGAGCGCGGUCAUCUCGUACCAACAAACUUGUUUGGAUGGAAUUCAGGACCCUGAGCUCAAGUCUGACAUGACAAACAAUAUGUUGGAUGCGUCCCAGAUGACAAGUAACGCUUUGGCUAUUGUUUCCGGCAUUUCUAGCAUCUUAGGAGCAUUUGAUAUCAAUUUUAGUAAUCUCACCAGUCAUUUUAAUCCAACUUCGACCACGUCUCGAAGACUUAUGGAAGCGCCUGUGGACGACAAAGAUAGCUCGUAUCCGCAGUGGCUUUCGGCUGCAGAUAGGAAGCUGUUGGCUACUCGUGGAGGUGGUAAUUUGAGGCCAAAUGUUGUGGUAGCUAAGGAUGGGAGUGGACAGUAUAAGACUAUUGCUGGCGCUCUUGCUUCCUAUCCCAAGAACCAUAGGGGUCGGUAUGUGAUUUAUGUGAAGGCUGGGAUCUAUGAUGAGUACAUUACUGUUUCCAAGGACCAAGUCAAUGUGUUUAUGUAUGGAGAUGGACCUAGAAAGACCAUCGUCACCGGAAGAAAGAGCUUUCGAGAUGGGGUGUCCACCUUCAAGACUGCCUCAUUCUCUGCUAUUGGAAAUGGUUUCAUAGCGAAAUCGAUGGGAUUCCAGAACACAGCAGGACCAGAAGGACACCAAGCAGUGGCAUUGCGAGUUCAGUCAGACAUGGCUGCCUUCUACAACUGUAGAAUGGACGGAUACCAAGACACAUUAUACACACAAGCACAUCGUCAAUUCUAUCGCAACUGCGUUAUAUCAGGAACCGUCGAUUUCAUCUUUGGAGACGGGGCAGUGGUGAUCCAAAACUCUAAAAUAAUUGUAAGGAAACCAGCAGACGGGCAAAAGAACGCGGUGACAGCUCAAGGGAGAACAGACAAGAGAGAAACGACAGGAAUUGUGAUCCAAAACUGUAGGAUUGUACCUGAGGUGAAACUGUUUAAUGAAAGGUUCAAGUUCCCUACCUACUUGGGUAGGCCAUGGAAAGAGUACUCGAGGACGAUCAUCAUGGAGACCACCAUUGGAGACUUGAUUCAGCCCGCCGGGUGGAUGGAGUGGAAUGGAAACUUUGCCCUAGACACUCUUUACUAUGCCGAGUUCGCUAACCGAGGACCGGGGGCUAACACUAACAGAAGGGUGAGAUGGAAAGGGCACAAGAUCUUGACAAACAGGCAAGAGGCUCACCAAUUCACUCCUGGUCCUUUCCUUCAAGGAAAUCUUUGGUUGAGAUACACUGGUGCACCUUACUUCCUUGGCUUCAAACCCUAAACACAAACAUAAUAAUUAAUAAUUAUAUCAUUCUAAUUAACCAAUUAUUAGUACUAUUUUCCCACAUAUAUACUUCUUUGUUGUUAUAUAUAUCACAUUUAUAUAUAUGUUGAUAUUAUUCAGUUAUCAUUUCUAUUUUCUUUAUUUUUUCCCUACCUAUUGUAGUAGCUAACUAGUUGUGUUUUUCUUAUUUAUUCGUUUUGUAUUAUUAUGUAUUGACUGUUUUCUUUGAACAUUCUUUAUUUGAUUGAAUUCAAUUAAUAUAUAAUUAUACUGUAUAUUCCAAA